GGACACAUACUUGGAUUCAUAAAUGUCCAAUAGCACCUGGCCAUAACCUUGAAGUCUCUGAAGCUGCAUGACGUCCUGCAGGCAUGGCUGAAGUCUCCUUUAACAGUCUCCUUUGAGUCCUCUACAGCUGACCAGUUAGUCUCCUUUGACAUCUUCCCUCAUGGAGAGGCACCUUACGUCUGAAGACUGUGCUCUUUCUUCCAACCAUCGCAGAAACUUCUCCCCACCAAGGCCUGCAUGCUCCACCUGUAAGGUGCAGGCUGCUUCAAGCAACGUGCGCUCUGACACUGAGCAUGGGGGAGAGGAGAGGCAGAGCAGGGCAGCCCCAAAUGGUAGGAUGGCAUUCUCAGAUCCGCAGUCAGAGUCACUGAGGAGAAAGCGCAAACCAGUGCUUGUCAGGUCAAAAACAUUUGAUCCUUCUCUGUUGUCACAAGUUCAAAGUGACCCAGAGUCAAAACCAGAGGUCAAGAAAUCUCAACCUAAUCAGCUUUCAAAAACAAACUUGCAGUAUCACAAGCUUUUCAAAGAGAUCAGUAAUGAUGAACCAUUGAAGCAAAGUUACACCUGCGCUCUACAGAAAGACAUCCUGUACCAGGGGAGACUGUUUGUCUCUGAUAACUGGAUAUGUUUUCAUUCCAAAGUCUUUGGCAAAGAUACUAAGAUUGUGAUCUCGGUGCUUUCUGUAGCUGUCAUUAAGAAAACCAAAACUGCCAUAUUAGUGCCAAACGCACUGGUGAUUGCUACAUCAAAUGAACGGUAUGUGUUUUGUUCAUUUUUGUCUCGAGAUACCACAUAUAAGUGUCUGAUGUCUGUAUGCUACCAUUUGGAGGAAAAGACAGGGCUCUGCCCCAUGACACCUCCACCAGAGUGCCGUUUUCAAGUGGACCACUCGGCUACUCUGCCCCUGGUGAGGAAGAGAAGACAGGUGAUGGAGGACAGCAGCAGCUCUGACUCCCAGUCUCCAGACAUUGAGAAGAUCACAGCAUACUCACACCAUCCCCAGACAUUCUUGAAAGUUACCAACUCAGCACAGGUGUCUGUUGCCCCUGAAAUCGUCCUUCAACAUACACCUGAGACGAGGAACUCACUACCUUGUGUGGCUGAAACAGAAGAGAUCAAGUUCCUAAGGACCUUCUCCCUUAGCACCCUCCUUAUGUGCUAUCUGUUCGUGGUAAGUGUUCUAGUCUUCUCCUCCUGCUACAUGGCCUUCCGAAUACUUUCUCUGGAGCAACGACUAAUAUCACUCAGUUCUAUGACCAACCCCCCAGACAACAGCAAUGAGGACAAACAGUACUCUGAGGAUAAUUCUGAUGUGUACGCAAUGAUAUCUAUGAAUCUUUUGAAACUGGAACAGCUCCAAAGGAACCUUCAAAGACUGCUGGAAAAGACCCAGGGAGGUUUUAGCUGACAUGACAUGACAUGACAAACACAUCCAUGCUUGGACUGCACAGUGUUCUCCCAUUAUAUUCAGGUCGGCCAGAAUAGUGCUGCUGGCUGAUUCCACACCAGUUCAGAACCAAAGUGCUUAAAGGGACACUGUGUGAGAUUUUUAGUUGUUUGUUUCCAGAAUUCAUGCUGCCCAUUCACUAAUGUUACCUUUUUCAUGAAUACUUACCACCACCAUCAAAUUCUAAGUAUUCAUUAUGACUGGAAAAUUUGCACUGUUCAUACAUGAAAAGGGGGAUCUUCUCCAUGGUCCGCCAUUUUGAAUUUCCAAAAAUGACUCUACUUGGACCAUGCGAGAAAAUAUCUGUUAAUUACUUAGUAAACUUUCAUGUAAAGAUCAAAUUUGGCAAUAGGCAGCCCAGUUUCAAUGAGCAGCACAGUUGCAGUAGGUAGCCUACCUUUUUUGACCAUAUUCUGCACAGUGUCCCUUUAACAGUAAGCAGCUCAGCCCUGCCGUGUCCUAAUGAUAGGGCACUACUGCGCCAGUGACCCGGGUUCGGUCAUUUGCAGAUCCUUCCCAGUCUUUCUCUCCCCAUUUGUUUCCUGACUAUCCUCCACUGUCCUGUCAAAAAUAAAGGCAUAAAGCCCUAAAACAUAUAACAGUGA